UUAGUUGCUGCAACCUGAGGAAACCAUCCGGUCACCCUCCAGUCAUCUUAGAGGGAGAGAAGACCAGAGGGACGGGAGUCCGAAGGCUCCUUCCCUCGGCGCCCAUAAACCCUAGACUAGAGGGAGGGAAACCCUAGAUUUUCUCUUUUGGUCUCGCGGUUCCCUCGGAUCCUUCUGAUCGAUCCGUCAGCUUUCCGGGCUCUCGAUGUCUAUAUUUCCUUUGGCCAUGGCCAGAAACCUCGGGCUUCUAGGGUUUCUGGCUCUGAUUUAUGCAUCCCUGUCCAUCCCCGGAGCCGCCGUUAUUCGUCCGAUCAAUGAAGCCCACCGAUCCGCCGCAUUGGAGCUGUUCGUGCCUACCCAUGGAUCGUUCGGGAGUUUAGAAGAAACAUAUGAGGCCCUAAGAACAUUCCAGAUUCUCGGAGUAGAAAAGAGUGCUGAAAUAAGUCAUGCAACAUGUCCAGUUAUUGUAGAAAAACUUGAAUCAUCAUCUUCUAUAUCAAAGGACUUGUUCCAUGCACUAAGGGUCAAUAGCAUCUUGGGAUGCCAGAUUGAUGCCAGAACCUUUGAGGAUGUUGCAUCAAAACUUCAAGCUGUGAUAAAGGAUACAAAUUCAUUGCUUGACUUUCAUUAUGCUGUUGGAGGCUUGCUUUAUAUCAAGGAUCAAGGUAUUAAUGUUAUUUUGUCAGAUGGUGAUGGUACAUUUCAUUCCAUAAAGGCACUCAGUCAAAGUGAUGGAAGAUGGCGCUAUGAUUCCAAUAGUGCUGAAUCUAGUACUUAUGCUGCUGGGAUAGCGCUGGAAACAAUAGCCGGAGUUGUUUCAUUGGCGGAUAAAGUGGUGGAUGAAUCUAAGAUAGGAAUUGUGAAAAAUGACAUUGUUAAGCUGUUUGAUAGCAUUAAAAGUUAUGAUGAUGGAACCUUGUACUUUGAUGAGAAGCAUGUUGAUGCUAGUGAAUAUAAGGGCCCUCUUACAACUUCAGCAUCUGUAGUACGGGGUGUUACUGCUUUUGCAACAGUUGCUUCUGGUAGGCUAAAUAUUCCAAAUGAUAAAAUGUUAGGCUUGGCAAAGUUUUUUCUCAGCAUAGGAAUUCCUGGCAGCACCAAAGACUUGUUUGACCAGAUAGAAUCUUUAUCACGCUUGGAAAAUAAUAGGGUCUCCAUUCCACUGAUUCUUUCACUUCCAUCUACGGUACUUUCAUUAACCUCGAAGGACCAACUCAAGGUUGAGGUGACUACAGUGUUUGGUUCUGCAGCACCACCACUGACAGUAAGGAUGGUGCAAGCUUCUCGUUCUGAUUCAAAAGGCACCCCUGUCCUUGAAAACCAGGAGCUCCAAUUUGACUCAGAAAACACCAUACAUUACUUAGAUAUCAUACCGCUGAAAUUAGAUGUUGGAAAGUAUACAUUAAUUUUUGAGAUCUCACUUCAUGACCCUGAGAAUACAAAUACAUAUGCUACGGGGGGACGCACUAGAUUGAUGGCAUUUGUUACAGGAUCUAUCAAAAUUGACAAGGCAGAAAUUGGAAUUUUAGAGAGUGAUGCUGGAAAUUCAGAGACAUUGCAAAAAUUAGAUUUAUCAAGAGACAGCACACUUUCGCUAUCAGCAAAUCACCUCCAGAAGCUGCGUCUAUCUUUCCAGCUAAUCACUCCUCUUGGGCACAAUUUUAAGCCUCACCAGGUGUUUCUCAAACUGAGGCAUGAAACCAAUGUUGAGCACAUCUUUGUUAUGGAGAGUUCUGCAAGGCAGUUUAAAAUAACCCUAGACUUCCUUGGUCUAGUGGAAAGAUUUUAUUAUCUUUCUGGAAAAUAUAAAAUUGAACUUACAGUUGGUGACGCAGCAAUGGAGAAUUCUUUUCUACGUGCCCUUGGUCAUGUCGAGUUAGACUUACCAGAACCACCAGAGAAAGCAGCACAUCCCCCUCCGCAGCCUGUUGACCCAUACCUGAGAUUUGGGCCAAAACAAGAGAUAUCUCACAUCUUCCGGGCACCAGAGAAGAGACCACCAAAGGAGCUUUCUCUUGCAUUUUUGGCUCUUACUCUUCUUCCUUUUGUAGGAUUUUUGAUAGGGCUGAUGCGUUUAGGGGUAAACCUGAAGAGCUUCCCUUCCUCGACAGUACCAGCUGCAUUCUCCAUACUCUUUCAUGUUGGUAUUGCAGUUGUGUUGUUACUCUAUGUGCUUUUCUGGCUGAAGUUGGAUCUCUUCACUACGUUAAAGGGUCUUGGGUUCCUUGGGGUUUUUCUGGUCUUCGUGGGUCAUAGGACCCUUUCCUACCAUGCUUCAACAACAGCUAAGCUGAAGUCUUCUUGAGUGGAUUUUGAGAGUCUUCCGGCUUAUAUCAGUUUUUUAGGCUUCUUCAAGCACUGUAGACUUUAAUCAGGAAUUCAUUUUUGUGCCAAGAGAAGCUAGACAUCCGUAUAUGCCAUCUCACAUUGUCUUCAUGCUCGUUCUCUGUUUGAUUGAAGAUAACAAGUUAUGAGAUGUUUCAUUAGCAUAUUCCCCUGUUUUCAAGGGACUUCAGUUAUGAGAUGCUAUUUGUAAUUAAUGUUAAUGCAAUGCCAAAUCAUUGCCAGGCUCGCCGGAUAUA